GUAUAAUAAAGAAUUACAUUUGAUCUUUGAAUAUAGUAGUAAUCAACAUUUUCAAAUUGUUCCAUUUUUCUAUCCACAAGGGCAAAUUAAUUUAGAUUCACAAAUUCAACGUAAUUGGAGAAAGAGAGCACUCUGUUUUAAGGAGG